CAAGAUCCCAUUGAGUACUCCCUCCCUGCUGAUCAUGACAGCUGCUGGCGCUGAAGCAGUUUGCUUUGAGAUCCCUGGGUGUCAUCAUGCGGAGAGUGACAGGAGUCUUUAUGCCCGAGUGAGCCGCAGAGACAAAGGGCGGCCAAUGUGCCUCACUCGGUUCGCUGCUCUUGUCUCUCUGCUUCUGUCUUGCGCUGUACUCUUGCUAAACGCAUAUCAUCAUAAAGCAGCGGACUACCAGGUGAGCUUCUCAUUCAACAGCGCUCAAGUGUCCUUCGAUUAAAUGAACCUGUUACCUGCAAAUAAUCCCGAUUCAGAUUUGUUUAUGGAUAGUGUUGUGUGUGUGGUAAGAAACGAAACUGGUACAGUAGCCUACAGUAAAUGCGUAAUUAUUAGAGAGCCAACAUCAGAACACGCUUGUCAUUCUAAUUGUGGAGGGCUGUGGUAAUACUUGGGGACUGUAUUUAGAUCAAAAAAGUUAAAUAUGCUCAGUAAAUCUUAAUGGAUCUUGUUUUUAUUUGUAGCACACUUCAGCUGGAGGUGAUUCUAUGGGUAAAUUAGCAUUAUGACUAUGGUUAUGAUAUUAUUAUAAUCUUCAUCAUAAUCAUCAUGAUCAUCAUCAUCCUCACUGUCUAUUUUAUCCCUCCAUAGGCAGUGUUCAGCAGAAACAGCAGCAAAUUGGAAACAAUCCAAGUGCCCAUCUGACAGGUACAAUUAUGAUACACACUAUUCAUGACAUUAUUCCUUGAAAGACCCAUUAAUAAGACUAAGCUAAAAAGUAAUGUCCUCUCUUGUCUCUCCUCCAGCUCCAGACUCAUUUAAUCAUUCAAAAAGGGUAUACCUUGAAUGGGAGUACAACCUUGGACUUGCUCACCUUAUUGGAUUUAAGUAUCAGGACGGCGACCUCAUCGUGCUCAAAGAUGGCAUGUACAAGGUUUACCUGCAGAUCACCUUCCGAAGGCCUGGUCACUUUGUGUGUAGCGAGGAGGACUCAGUGUUCAUCCUCACCCAGAAGGUAAUCCUGUUUGCAAAGAGCUACCAGAAAAAUAGAGACCUCCUAACAGCAUCUGACACAGUGGACUGCAUUCCCAAAUCAAAUGACUGUCAGCCGCCUGGUUCAGAGGGCUCAGGGACUCAGUACUGGGAAAAGUCUCCCUGCACGUCCGGCGUGUUUGCACUAAAAGCUGGGGACAGGCUCAGAGUGAGGUUGGGGGACAGGUACCAUGAGCUGAUGCUCCUUCAAGAAGACAGGACAUUUUUUGGGGCACAUCUCAUUUGA